UUGUGUCUCCAGGCGUCCCGAUCCUCGGUGUCUGCAGCGGUGAAGUCUGCAGCUCGCUGGGCGUCGUACUCCUGCAGCCGUUGGAAGCAGAGCAGAAGAAAGCUGUCAGGUGUCCCGAUGGAGACAAAGUUCAGAGGUCUGGCCGAGAAAGACAAAGAACUUCAGAGAGACGAAACCGACUCAUCAAAUAACAAUCAACAUCUGAAUCAAAAACUGCUGAGUCACUUCGGACAGCUGGCUGCGACCGACCGGGACACCGACCAGGUGGACCUGGACUUUCUGGAUAAAGUGAUCUCAGACGGAGCCGAUCCAAACUGCUCUGACAGAUACGGACAAACCGUCCUGCACGAGAUCUCCCGGGCGUGGAGCGUAGAUGUGAUGCGGUUCUUUCUGGACCGGGGUUCAGACCUGAACCGGCCAGAUCAGUUUGGAGUCACGGCCCUUCACGUGGCGUCUGCGCUGGACUACCAGGACAUGGUUCAGUUCCUGCUGGACCGGAAAGCUGACCCAGAGGCUCGGACUCUCCUGGACCAGCAGACUCCGCUUCACUUCGCUGCUAAGAACGACGCUGUCGGCAGCAUCCGGCUGCUGCUGCGGGCCGGGGCCUCCAUCAGCUGCACCGACUACAAACGCAGAACACCGCUGCAGCUCGCCGCCAACCUGGAGCGCAGUGAAGCAGCUCGGCUGCUGUUGGAGCUCGGGGCGAAGGCCGGCAUGAUGGACGCUGAUGGACAGCUCUGUAUAACUGCUCUGAUUGGUCGGAUGAGUCCAGUGGCCCGGCUGGCGCUAACCCAGUUCCAUGUGACGGACAGAACGACCAGACAGCAGUAUUACUACCUGAACCUGCUGGAACCAGAACCACACUCACCUGGGACACCCCCGCAAGACGCAGUCGUCAGUGAGCCGACUUCUCCACUGGAGGUGGUGGUGCAGCAGGGGAAACUGGACCUCAUCAUGAAUCCCGUGUUUCUCAAACUGAUCCAGGUCAAAUGGAAACUGUAUGGCAGGUUGGGGGCGUGGCUUCUCCUUAUCCUCAACUUCCUGUUCAACAUCUUCUGGACAACGGUCGCCAUCUCUGUUUCUGUCUCCCGAGACUCAACUCAUCGCUACAUCCUGCCUCAGGACUGGGGACGUGUCCUCCUGGUGGUCCUAGCACUCCUGUUGACGCUGGAGGAGGUGCGGAGGGAGGUGCAGGACAUUCGGCGCUCCCGCAGGAAGCUCCGUCUCUGGCGCCGCUGGGCCCAGCGCCGUCUCCAUGACGACCUGCUCUGCUCACAUCCCAUGUGGCCUCAGGACAGAGUUUUCCUUUUGGAUCAGAACAAACAGAUUCACAGGAUGAGAGGAAGCUACAGCCGAGAUCUGUGGAACGUGUUUGAUUGGCUGGUGUACUCUCUGCUGGCGGUGGCGUUUGGCGUCCACAUGGCCGAUGUCUUCCGUCCGUCCGCCUCUCUUCACACCGUCAGUCUCCGUCUGUUCUCCGUCACCGUCAUCUUCCUCUGGCUCAGACUGAUGAAGCACGUCAGAGCCUUCAGACUGAUGGGUCCGUUUAUCGUGAUGUUGGGAAACAUCGUUGGAGAUGUGAUGCGUUUCCUGUUCCUGUACGCUGAGAUCUUUAUUCCCUACGCCUGCAGCUUCUGGAUCAUAUUCGGAGGCUCGGCAUCAGUUCCCAGCAUGCAGUCUGUUCCCGGCCUGCUGUACAGCCUGUACCGCAUCACGCUGGUGGACGAGUACGAGUACGCCGCCAUGGUGACCGUGGACAGCGUCAUGGCUCCUCUGCUGUGUGGAACGUUCCUCGCCGCCUCCUCCGUUCUCUGUUUCAACUUGCUGAUAGCCCUGCUGUCUGACACCUUCCAGAGGGUGCAUGAUAAUUCUCAGGCUAAUGCAGUGAUGCAGCAGGCUGCCGUCAUCCUGCAGGUGGAGGAGUCAAUGCCCGCCCUCCGCCGUUUUUACGACAACCAUUUCAUCUCCAACCACUGCGCGCCGCUGGCCGACGCCCACGACGCUGAUGUCAUCACCAAAAACCCCCGUUACCAUGACGAGAUGGGUCGCAUCACCGCGCAGAUCAAAGAGACUCUGGAUCAGUUCCUGGUUCUGCAGAGAGACUCCGAGACCUCCAGAGGUUCUGGAGUCCAGAGGGACCAGAACCAGACUCAGACGGACCAGAACCAGAGGCAGACGAACCAGACUCAGAUGGACCAGAACCAGGACCAGGAGCAGGAGCUGCACAUGAUCCGAGCAGAGCUGCAGCAGCUGCGGACUCUGGUCCAGCAGCUGCUGCAGAACCGAACAGACUCAGGUCCACAGAUCUGAGUCUGAGGGAGUUUUCCUCCUGUAGUUGUGUUAAAUUGAACAGGUAGCCAACACAUACACAUUCGCACAAAAACACAUAAAAACAUGAGAUAAUAGAUAGAUAAGAACAUAAAGACACAUGUACACUAUACUUAAGUAAUUGAAAAAUAUA